GGGAAAGUACUCCGGGGUGGCAACACUGAGAGCGGCAACACCGGCCACUCGAGCAGCUAAGGACAAUAUAUUUUAGCAUUGCGGCCAUUACCCUUGUUUUACCCCUCCACCAUGCCUACUGUCAGCCCCAUCAAGGAUUUCCUGGCGGGAGGGUUUGGAGGAAUGUGCCUGGUUGCUGCCGGACAUCCACUGGACACCAUUAAAGUGAGGCUGCAGACCCAGCCACUGCCAGCACCAGGACAAAAGCCUCUCUAUGCCGGAACUUGGGACUGUGCCUUGAAGACCAUUCGCAAUGAAGGCUUCUUUGGCCUUUACAAAGGUAUGGCGGCACCCUUGGUGGGAGUCACACCUAUUGUUUGCUGUUUGUUCUUGGGUUUUGGGAUUGGAAAGAAGCUCCAGCAAACUACUCCUGACCAACAGCUCACUGCCGUCCAACUGUUCAAUGCUGGCAUGUUAUCGGGAGUGUUCACUACUGCCAUCAUGACCCCUGGCGAGAGAAUCAAGUGCCUGCUGCAGGUUCAAGCUGCCAGUUCAGGGCCAAAGCUGUACAAGGGUCCUAUUGAUGUUGUGAAAGUGCUCUACAGGGAAGGAGGCAUUCGCAGCAUCUACAAGGGUACUUGUGCCACUCUUCUGAGAGAUGUCCCUGCAUCAGGGAUGUACUUCAUGUCAUACGAGUGGCUGAAGCGUUCUAUGGCACCAGCUGGUAAGGAGGGAGAACUGAGUCCCAUCCGCACAGUGGUGGCUGGUGGCAUUGCUGGGAUGCUGAACUGGCUGGUGGCUAUUGGCCCUGAUGUCCUCAAGAGCAGAUUGCAGACAGCUCCUGAGGGCAAGUAUCCAAAUGGGAUCCGAAGUGUGUUUGUGGAGAUCAUGAAGAAUGAGGGUCCACAAGCCCUGUUUAAGGGUGCAACCCCUGUUAUGAUCCGAGCCUUCCCUGCUAAUGCUGCCUGUUUCUUAGGAUAUGAGGUUGCUAUUAAGUUCCUGAAUAUGAUUGCUCCCAAUUUGUAAUUUAGACUGGCUAUAUUUUAAUGUGUACAAACAGAAUAGAUCAAUAACUAAGGUUAUCCAGUGAUGAACAUUGAUGUUACUGUGAUAUCUGUUUCGGUUAAUCUGUUUGGGUGCCAAUCAUUUUCUGCUUCUUUAUGUGGGGUGUUGGGGGUGAUGGAGAGGGAGAGAGGGGGUGCUGUGACAGAAUUAUGGUAGUUUGUGCACAAGAAGCUAUGUGAUAGGAAUGCCAUUUGAGUCAAUAGUGAGGCAGUGGCAGUCACACCAUAGCUUCUCACCUGCCAUAGGCACAAAAACAAGUUUGUUAGUGAAAUAUUAAGGAUUAACACCUCCUAUCCUAUUACAUUCAUCAUGUGGAGAAAAGUUGAGUAACUUUUGAUGGUGAUAUUCUUUUAAUUUAAAAUAGCUGCUGAGCAUUGUAUACCUCAGAAUUAAUGAAGCUCAUUUAAUAUGCUAAUCUGAACUGAUGCCCAUUUCCCAUAAUUCCCGCAAGGAUAAGCCAUGACAGAAGUGUCCAUGGAUUUGUUAUGUAAAUAUUAAAUUAAAUUUAUCAAUAUUCUAAAUGGGAAUACAACAGAUAUUUGAAGGUGAACUUGUACACUUCUAAUAAACCCUUAACAUUUUUAACAUGCAUGUAAAUAUAAAGCCAUGUACACAUGUAGCUUCUUAAUGCAUUUGCAGAUAUAAGCAACUCAGGGAUAGGCAGAAAUUUUAAUUUUCCAUACUUUGUCAUGCCAUGUAGAAAUGCAAGGGAGAAAUAAAGAAAGAAAAUAUCUCUGCAAAUGUAGAGGAAGCUACAUUUCUUUCUACUGAGCAGCAUUUUCUGCUGUUGUAUUGAACAAUUAAUUGAAAGGGACACAGUGCUCAACAACCAACUGCAAUGUGGUGUUGCACACUUAAGUUGUCUCUCCAAGCACUGCCCAAUGUGAAACUGGUCCCUCCACCAUAUGCAUUGUAGCCCCAUCUUUUUUUUUUAUAUUUAUUUUAUUUUAUUUUAUUUAUUUUUUUUAUGAAUAAUUAGCUAUAGGUCCAAAGGUCUGAGACAUAAAAUGAUAAGUAAAUAACAUUAAAGCUGCAGGAUAGUAGAGCCAGAUGCAGUCUUCUGUGUUGAUCAAACAAUUCACAUACUUCUCUCAUUGCUACACAGAAGUCUUUUUCUCUUAAUUUAGGUUUCUCAUAGAAUUUCUUGGGUAUCAUGCUUUUACUCAUUAAUACUGAAAUCAUAAACAGUGAAUACUUCACUUGAAUGAAACCAUGAGAUACAAAGAAAUACAGGAAGAUGCUGAUACAACUAGCAUUAACUGUGAUUAUACUACAUACUAACAAGUUAUGAGAAAUCAGCAAAGCCUCAGCACAUUUGAUAUCAAAAUAUAAAUUCCCUCCAAGGUGAUAACACUUCAUUGUCUGUCCAUUUUGUCACUUGGGACUUAACAGCCACAGAAGUGUACAUUUAAUAUCUUUAUAUUCUAUGUUGUGUUCAUUGCUUUAACUCUGUACCUUAUUCCUUCCUUUAUUCUUAUUGAAUUCUGUGCAGUAUUCCACAUAAGCUCGUGCAUAAAUGGGGCUAUACUGAAAUGCUAAUGCAAAGACAUGAGAAAAGUAAUUAGGAUAAAACAGCCACGCAGGAAUACUUCCAGUCACUUUUUCCCUCUUGAUUUGAGUUUUGGAUCUUAAUUGUACAUGUAAAAAAGUUACCUAAUACAAUAUAUUUCUCUAGAGAAGAACCUAUCAAUGCAAUUAAUAUAAGUAUUUUUUAGAGAGUGGAAUAGGUAGGAUUUCACAUUUAUUAAGGAUGUUAUAUCAUAGUUUACUGACUUUUUGUUUGUUUUAACAAAAUUAUUCAGACAUUGACACAGAUCUUGAGAACUACUUCAGUCAGCAGACUUAAGCAGAAAUAAAGUUUCCUAAUUAUAUACAGUACUAGGAUAUAUCUAUUUAAUGUUAUCAGAAAUGAAAAUCCAUGAAAAGUUCUAUAGCAAACAUGGUAAUGAGUGCCUUUAAAUGUUUUGCUUGAGAGUUUGAGAACAUGGUGUUAGUCGUCAGAGAUCUGCUAGAAUUCUUUAAAGGUCAUGUUGCAUUAACUAAUACUCUUGAAUGAAAAUUGUAAUGUUAUGUAAAGAAAAAUGUAAUUAUUGAAGUUGACAAACUUUACAGCUGAGGAUUGUUUGGUAGAAUCAAUAAAAAGUAGGUCAUGAAGUA